AUGCGAAUGCUGAUCUACAACGGCGAUACAGAUCAAGUAUGUAAUCAUCUCGGUGACCAAUGGCUCAUCGAAGAAGUAGCCGCUAAUCUUUCACUGACGACGGCUUCCAAACGAGAGCCAUGGUUCUACCAACUCAACUCCCGUUAUGAACGUCAACUGGCAGGUUAUGAGAAGAUCUUCAGCAGAAACCUGCUCCUGGUAACCGUUAAGGGAUCCGGUCACCUGGUCCCAAUGGAUCGUCCGGGUCCGUCUCUUCAGAUGAUCUACAAUUUUGUCAAGAACAGACCACUCAGCAUGAAUCUACCGAACGCAAUUACUGACCCAACGCCACUGAAACCCGAGUACGCUGGCCUGGGCUCGUGCUCCGAAACGGCUUAUCCUCCUCCAUCUCCACACUGCCCACCAUCAAAUGCCGACCAUCCCCGGUAUGCGGACAGAAGUAUGAAGACAGGCGCGGAGCUUUGGCUGAACACGGAUCCGUCGAAUCUCACUGAUAAGGCUGUGGCUGAUAUGAUCACCAACCUACCUGGUCUCACAUUUAAUGUGACAUUUCGUCAAUUUUCCGGAUAUCUGACUGCUCCUCUUUACCCGAAUAAUCAUUUAUUCUACUGGUUCAUGGAAUCGCAAAAUGACCCCGUCAACGACCCCGUCGUGUUGUGGUUGAACGGUGGACCCGGGUGUAGCUCGUUGGGAGGUCUCCUCGAAGAACUCGGGCCUUUCCAUAACAACAAUGAUAACGGCACUACGCUAUUUGAGAACGUCUACUCUUGGAAUAAAAUGGCAAACGUGCUAUUCCUCGAAGCACCUGUUGGUGUAGGAUUCUCGUACACCGAUCAUCCUGCAUCGUACUACCUGUCCGACGAUACCGUAAGAUAA